AUGUCGCAAGUUGUUGACGUGUCAUUAUCUCCUGAGGAAAUAUUAGCAGAGGUUAGGAAGUUUAUUCCUGAGUCAGUGAAGCAAUGUCAACGAACGAAUUGUCCCGAAGUUACUGCUGGAGCUCUGGUUCUUUUGAAAAAUCUUCCUGCUGCUCGAGAAGCAGUCUUGGAAUAUUUACGCAAAGUUUUUUUUGUUGCGGUAAAUCGGCAAAUUCGUCAAAUUGAGAUGCAUCCAAAUUCACCGCUGACCGAAGAGCAAAUCAUGAACAAAACAGUCCCACAAAUCCACAAGGCCUUGAUUGACAUCGUCUCGAGUAAUUCUCAAGCCUGGGCACCUCUUGUCGCCAGUUGGUCACUGGACCUUCUUGGUAAAUUGUCCUGGCGUUAUUCUAAAAGAGCAAACCUUCUCGCAGACUCGGGAAUAAACUCGUGCCUCAAAUACUGGUUGUCAUUUAAAUCUACCAGAAUAUUAGUUGACUUAUCAGCGAGGUGUAUCAAAUAUUUAUCAGACACUGAAGCUGAAUCGUGUAUGAAUGUCCUCACGCAAUCUAUAGCUGACUACAGUCCUUAUUUUGAUUGGGUUGUCGCUCACAUUGGAAGUUGUUUUCCCCAGCUGAUUAUUAAAAAAGUUCUACUUUGGGGAUUGAAAGGCUUUUCCAUCACAGGCGUCCAGAUUUCAAAGAACGUUUUACUUAAUUCUGUUAAAGACAUUUUGGGACAUUUGGCGGGCAGUCAUUUUUACGAAAUCAAAGAUGCGCUUCUUGAUUUAUUCAAAUGGAGCUUGAAUGAAAAUAUAAACGAUGAUGAUUUAACAAGAAGACAAAAAGUAGCAACAGUUCCAUAUUUAUUAAAACUUGCGUCUCUUUCACAAUUAUUACUUAAAGUAAUAACAACAGUAGUUCUUCAAACAUUAUUUCCAGUGAGACCUGAUGUAAUUCCACGCCUAGCAUUAUUUGCAACAGAUUGGUGUAGUUACUUCGACAAUCAGCCUGAAGUCUUAAUAAAUUUAACCGUACAUUUAGCAUUGGCUUGUGAGCAAGAAGCUUGGCAGAUAAUAAGCAUUCUCCUGGACACCAGCUUGAACACGAGCAACGUAGGUUACCAUGGAGUAAACGCAGCAUUGACUGUUAAAAACGUCUGUCGUGAAAUCCUAGAAAUGAUUCUCCAGGAGAUAGAUUUACUAAUGCGUAUGAACGGAACUCACAAUGCAGGAAUAGCAUUAAUGACUUCAAUAAAACAAGACUUGUCGCUGGUAGUUCCCUUGCUCUUGGACCCCCAACCUCUGAGAGUCCAGACAGCAGUAAGACUAAUAUCCCUUCUAGGAGCUCAGAGUCCGAAUGUAAUAUUUUCAGCGGCUUCAUUUGCCCUGAGAAAAUCUCAACGAGAUUUCCACCUCGCUGCUUUCGUCCGGUUGGUCGCUGAGAACAUUGUAAUAUUUCCUGUGAUCAAACCAGAGCCCGAGAAUUCAUUAUCAGGCCACGGGUACUUCACUCAGACUCUGGAGCAAGCUUUGAGAGACAUCCAGUACACCAGUGAAGAAAAAGAUGUCGAAGCUCGGCAAUUGUUCAAAAAUUUAUCCCUGCUGCUGAAGUGGGAGAACACCAACAGAGCAGCGAUUCUCAAGUCUAAAUUAAUUUCCCGUGGACUUCAUUCGAAUCUCGAACAGAUAGCAAGUCUUCUGAUGAAAUGCGAAGACACUGAACUGGCUCACGAUAUUGCUAAGACUCUAGAUUUGCUGCAUAUUAAUGAGCAAAACGUUUACAUCUACAGUCUAGAUUUAACUUUAAAAUUAACCAGAGCAGUGAUAAGAUAUUUCUUCAUCUGCGUAGCUGAAGACAGCAUAAUUAAAAAGCAGCGUGGAGCCAAAAUAGCUCACCGACUUAUAACGUGGAUCACAUCGCGUUUUCCAUGUGCGCGAGUCCUCGCAAUUCGCGAACUUGUUGAGAACAGUAUUUACGGAGAACCGGCUAAGUAUUUCGGAGCUAAAGUUAAACCCGACGAACUAGCAAAAGACUUUUCGCUGCUCCAUCAAAAUCAUAAACACGGAACGAGUGUCAUGUUAGCUCAACGACACUCUUCGGUGUUUCAUGCUGGUAUUAUUGGCGAGGGUCCAAGAAGAUCUGUACCUGAAAAUAAUUUCGAUAAAGAUAUCGUUGAUUUUAACAGUUUGCUACUGCUAGACGCUAUUAAAGCUUGCUGUACUGAUGAAGGAUUGAGCCAGUAUCCAAAACUCGACGCUAUGACGAUGGUAAGUUUGCUCCUUGUCGAGCUGGUGUCGCCUGAUGUUAUGUACAAUGGACUACCUUGGCCAGAUGAAGAGUUCACCAAGGUGACUGUUGAAAGAGAUCUCCAAAUUCGUCGUUGGUUUAAAGAUAUUCCUCUUCUUUGGACUUUUCUGGAGCUAACUGCCAGGUAUAGACCCGCUUUGACCUAUUGCUCGGUUUUACUUCGGGCUAUUGCAGCAACUGUGAUUGCUAAUUGGGAUAAUGCUGAAGGUACUCGGCUGGUCAAUGUCAUGGCACUUGGAAAAUUGCUUCCAACUCCUCUAAAUUGUCUCUCCGAUGUUUUGCCAAUUCUCACUCCUGUUCAGAUAAAUACCGUUAUGAAGGAAUGCGUUUGGGCUUACAUGCACGAAAAUGUUCCGUCUCCAGCGCUGUUUACUCUGAGCGAAGGUGCGAGUAUCGGGUGGAGAGAAGAAGACGCAGACCCUACUUCGACGCCUAUCAUCCGAUUUACCAACACACUAAGACUAUUUUUACUCGCAAAUAUUGCCAAGACUGGUAUGCUAUACGCGACAUUUUUUUAUAAUGAAAACACAAAUUGA